AUGUUCUCAUUGCGAGAACAUGCCCAUCAGAACGUUGUGGUCAAGGUCCAAUUCCUUCUUCAUAAAGCAAGGAGCGACCAUGGCUGCUCCCCAACCUGCUCCGUCCUGGGCCGGCUAAUACCCUGCGGACUUCCCAUCCCCCAGUAUGCUCGUUCUAUUCGGAAGACUUAUCGAGCGAUACAGGUGGGCCUGUCAUUUGUGGCUCGCAAUGAGCAUGAGCUUUCAGUUACAGCAUUAGAGGGUGGGCUUCUGCUAUCGGAAGCAGACAAAUCUUCUGAGCUCCCGCCCACGGGCGGUAGAGCACCGGAUGAGGCGGAUGCCGAGAUGGCAGCCGUGCUUGCCCAGGUGGCUACAAACAUCGGGCUGAAGUGGAACCCUCCACACUGCCUUGAACAGCCCCCUUUGAGCCUCUUUGAUGGCCCUCCUGGUGGCGCUCACUUCAAUCAAGAGGGUGGGGGACCUGGAGGCACUCUCUAUUUCCAGCAGAUGCCGGUAGUUCGGGCCAGCACACUCGUGAUCUUGAGCGAUCAAUGCAAAUGGUUCUACAAGAUGUCUGCAAACGACAGUGACUGUAACAUCACAGACUAUGAAGAUAUCAUAAAAAUGUUUCAAGGCAAUCAAACUAAAAUUAAUCAGUACCAAAAUGAGAUGAGGAUUAUGUAUCUGGUUACAUAUUGCAUUGAUCUCAUCCUGGGUCUGUCCCUAAACCUUGCCUUCAUUCUCAUCGGCUGCCAAAAAUAUAGGAGUUUUAAGAAUGUUGCCAUUUGGAUUAUGGCGUUGGCUGGAACACACUUAGUCUCCCUUGUUUCUGUUGUGUUUCAAAUCCUCUACACUUACCAACACUUUGAAUGGCAAUAUGGCACUGUUAGCUGCAAACUGACAUCCUAUAUCACCUAUGGCAGUAUGUUCUCCACAGCUACCAUAUUGAGCCUUUGGAGCAUUAGUUCUACUCUUUCAAACACUGCAUGCACAAAGAAGUGCAAGAAUUGUUACAUUCUUCUCAUUUCAUUCUCUUGGACUUUAGGAGCAGUCUUGGCAUGUCCUUCGCUGUUUUCCAGAGAGAUUAAAAGCGGAAAGUGUAUUGAUGACUAUGACUUUGCUAAAUCAAAAACAACUACAGAUGGCAUUGGAAGGCUGAAAGCUGUUGUUAUCAUUCGGUUUCUCUUUGGGCUUGCCAUUCCAGCUUUUGUAAUAUUUAUGUGCACCUGUCUGACAUCUAAGUCAGUUUAUAAUGACUGUAAAUGGUGCAAGAAGCAGGUGAUGAUCAUCAGUGCUGUAAAGAUCGCCUAUUUUGUGUGCUGGGGCCCUCACAUUUUCUUAACCCUGCUUCAAGCCACUGCAAGCAGUGACCUGGGCACAAAUAUAUACACUUAUGGACUUCCGGCAGCUACUGCACUGGCUACAAUUCACUGCUUUACCAAUCCACUCAUCUACAUUUUGGUAGGGCGCAGCAAUAAAAUGCUUUGGAUGGCUCCACACAACCCAUACCACAAUGAUGAAGCAGCAAACCCCAGAGAAUCCUUGCAUCUACAAAUGGGAAGCACAUAAACACAUUUACAUAAUCAGGAUGCCUCUACAAAAGUGAAACACUUACAGUAAACACAUUGCGAGUGAGUCAGGAGGAUGUCUAAAGAAUCAUCAGCAUCUAUAUUGAAAUCAUCUACAAAUCUAGCAGUGCAUUGAAACGGAAAAUGGGACUUGAGGAUUGCUGUUGAUUCUUGGCAGGUUUGGUUUAAUUAGAUGAGAAAAGAUCUACAAUAGGUUUUACGUUUGCAAACAGAACCUUAUUAAGAUAAUUGACCAGGCAUUGUAUAGUGGCUUUCAUUUGCCAGUGCUGGCCCACUAAAAACGACUAAUUACCUCCCUAAAAUUAUAAUCAGAAUACUUUACUGAUUAUUCAGAGAAAAUCAAUAACAUUUCUAAUUACAUUACUAUCAAGUAACUUUUUUUUGUUUUUGUUAUACUCUUGUUAUUUACAUUUACAUUUAUGCAUUUGGCAGACGCUUUUAUCCAAAGUGACUUACAGUGCACUUAUUACAGGGACAAUCCCCCCAGAGCAACCUGGAGUUAAGUGCCUUGCUCAAGGACACAAUUGCGGUGGCUGUGGGGAUCGAACCAGCGACCUUCUGAUUACCAGUUAUGUGCUUUUGCCCACUACGCCACCACCACUCCUUGUUAUGGAGUGCACAGCCUACAGCUGUCACAUUAGAUUGGUUCCCCCAGAAUCACUGCUCCCUCCCACCCCCUAAUUGAACAUCUGUUAAACUCGAAUUUUAAGCAAUAUUAUAUUACAUAACAUACAAAUAUGAAGUAAAUCAUUUAUGAAGACAAAUAACAAAUUAGACAAACUACCUGUUUCAAUUACCUGCUGAUUGUUUAAAAACAAUUUUCACACAAACAUUAAAUAAAAUACAAACAGGAAAAAAAGAAAAGAAAGAAAGUGCAAUAAACUAUACCUUCCAGCACACUAAAGCGACCACCAACAUUGUGAUGUAAGUGCCUUCCACAUUUGGGUAAAUCUUUUGCAGUCAAUUUUUGCGCAAAAAAAAAUCAAGGAUCUGUGGUUUCAAUACUGCACACGCCUGUACUUCUUCAUGGCAACUUCAUCACUGAGAUUUAUUUUAUACAAUUAAGGAGUAAAAUUAAUACAUUUAAUAAUGGUCAUAAAAUAAAAACAGAAAAGAUCAGAUGCCAUUAAGAAUCAUUUUUAUACACCUCACAAGUUUCAGUCCUCCUGAGAAGCGUACUUCCAUGAAGAUCAGAUUUGAAUGACAUUCCUCUUUUAGUAGUAUUUUCUCAUUAUUUUUUCCAGAGAUACGCAAGUGCCAGCUUUACAUGUCACAUAAAGAGGUUGCAAUUAUGUGACGGACUGAGUUAUACAAUUUCCAUCAUGGUCUAUUUUUUAUCAGUCAUAGGCCUAUUAGUUUAAAUUUCUCUGAUACGUAUUUAUUUGAUAUUUUCUCGAUAUAGUCUUUAUUUUCAGUUGAAAAUGACAAUGCAUGACAAGUGCGAAUGCGAUUGUGAAACACGUUUUUUAUUCACAAAUACUUACGUUAUUGAUUUUUCUACCACACAUACAUACAGAGGGCAUGCAAAGAGCAGCAAGAGAUUUAUAAUAAAUAAACAAAAAUUAAAGUACGCGUUCUGCCACAGUCGUUCUCAGCCAGAAUAAUCACAUAAGGACACGUAUACACUUAAAACUAAAAAGACACACAGUAACAAAUAUACUGAAUGCAUGAUAGUUCUAACUGUAGAGAGCACCUUAAUAUGAAAAACAAGCCUAAUCCUGGACAUUUUAAGACACUUUUUUCAGGUUCGAAAAAGGAUGUAUAAAGGAUGUGUACAUAGGAUGUACACCCUUUGUAACCAUUUAUCAGCAGCAUAAGGUUGUUAGUUAAAAAAAAAAAUUGUUGCCUCCUGCUGGCUAAAAUCGUUAAUGUCAAUGGCAUGUAUGAAACUCCCCACAUUUGGCUGAUCUAUUAUUACACAUCUGAACUGCUUUGAAAAUGUAGUAUAGAAAACCACGGACACAAGCGAAGUGAUACAAACAGUAAACCAUCCCAGUGCAGAUGGUGUGAGACAUCAGCACUCUUGCAACGUCUCUUGUCCAAUCAGAUUCGAGGACCGUAAUCAGGGCAAGCCCGUGACAUAGGCGACUUAGGCCGUUGCUUAUAUUUACAUUUACGUACAUUUACGCAUUUGGCAGACGCUUUUAUCCAAAGCGACUUACAGUGCACUUAUUACAGGGACAAUCACCCCGAAGCAACCUUGAUUUAAGUGCCUUGCUCAAGGACACAAUGGUGGUGGCUGUGGGGAUCGAACCAGCAUCCUUCUGAUUACAAGUUAUGUGCUUUAGCCCACUACGCGACCACCCCUCCUUAAGGCGCAAAUGACAGGGGGGUGCCGUAAAAGACGAUUUUUUAUUAUUUUUAUCCUCUCAUGAGCAAAAUGUGCCACUGUUCUGAGCCAGUUCAGUUGACGUUCAUUUGAGUCUGCGCUGUCAGUCAUGGAGCGGAUUCUUUGAAGUCAUCAGCAUCGUCUCUCAAGCUAGUAUCGCUCUACACUACAGCUAGUUUAAAAAAUUUGAAAUGUAAAGUGUUACACUACUUUUGAACCAAAAAUUAAUUUGAUUACAGUAACUAAUUCAUUUUAAAUUUUUGGGCCAAAAAACUCAUAUGUAUUCCAACUUUUGUAUAUAAACCAGAAUUAUCUAUAUAUCCAAGCUAAUAUUUUAAUGUUUUUUUUUUCAAAUGCCCUAUAACCUGUUACAGAUGACUAUAUGAUACUGCUGUUAUUACUUGUUUCUCUUUGCCAUAUUUGUUGAUGUGUGUGUGUGUGUGUGUGUGUGUGUGUGUGUGUGUGUGUGUGUGUGUGUGUGUGAGCGUGUAUUUAUCACUUUGUGGGGACCAAAUGUCCCCAUAAGGAUAGUAAAACCCGAAAUUUUUGACCUUGUGGGGACAUUUUGUUGGUCCCCAUGAGGAAAACAGCUUAUAAAUCAUACUAAAUUAUGUUUUUUGAAAAGGUAAAAAUGCAGAAAGUUUUCUGUGAGGGUUAGGUUUAGGGGUAGGGUUAGGUUUAGGGGAUAGAAUAUAAAGUUUGUAUAGUAUAAAAACCAUUAUGUCUAUGGAAAGUCCCCAUAAAACAUGGAAACACAACAUGUGUGUGUGUGUGUGUGUGUGUGUGUGUGUGUGUGUGUGUGUGUGUGUGUGUGUGUAGCGUGCACGUUUAUAAAUUUAAACAUGUAUAGAUAUGAUUGUAGCUACAUAAACGAUUGUAUAAUGAAUAUACAACAAAGAAACCUAUUUACAAUAAUUCAUAUGUAAAAUUGCACUUUCCAGGUUCUGAAACUUAAAAACAACAACAAAAAAAACUAAUAUUUUAUUUUCUAGACCCCAAGAUUCAAAUCGCUUAAAAACAUACUAAACAAUGUUUUAUUGAAAAAAAUGCAGAAAGUGUUUGUGAGGGUUAGGGUUAGGUGAUAGAAUCUAUAGUUCAUACAGUAUUAAAAGCAUUAUGUAUAUGGAGAGUCCUCAUAAUGAUAGCUGCACCAACGUGUGUGUGUGAGUUUAUAAAUAUUAUAUGAGGUAUACUAGUACAUUUUGGAGACAUCUAAAUUGUAAAGUGUUGGGGAAGGGUCGGAAAACGGCUGAUCACCCUCUACUGGGUGCUUCUACUGGAAGAUGCUGGAAAUACAGCAACUUCAGAUUGUGGACUUCCUAGCAUCACAGAUGAAUGGGAAUCUUUAUAUUUUAUAUCCAGAUAAAACAUUUACUGUACAUUCUCUAUGCAUAUUUUAAGGUGUUUUAUGAGGCUUGCAAUGAUGCAUUCUUUCUAAAUAUUUUGAUACUGUAUAUUUACUUCAAAUUUACUUUACAUUUUUAUUUACUUAUAUAUAUUUUUAUAUUUUUAUGUCUGAAUCAUAUGUACUUUUCAGCUCAAGAUAUUUUAAAGAAUAUGACAACUGUGGUCUAUUUUAAAAUAAAGGCUGAAAAUAAUACAAUAUGUUUAUUUUGAAUUUAAAACAUUAAGAAAGAAUUUGGGAGUGAUGGAGAGAGCACAAAUAGAUGGUCUGACUGUUCAUACCCUGGCAAUAUUACAACAUUGUGUGUGUUCUGUGGUAAACUCAGAAGUUUCCAACCGUGGGCGGCACCUCUUUACCUCUAAUUCUAGUUUGUGGAUAAAGAUAUGUUAAUUCCUUCUUGUGUGUAAGUGUUACUGAGCAUCAAGUUCUAUGUUGAAUUUGUACUUUGAGGUUAAUGCAGUAAGCCGAAUUGUUUACAUUUUUAAAUCACCACAUGCAAUAUCCGUUGUGGGGGAAGAAAUCAAAAUCCUAAAAUCUCCUUGAACCGAACACAUGUACCCAGAAAUUUAGAUGUGCUGUCACAGAGCAAAAGAGAAUUUAUUUGCCAGCAGCAUGAAGUUUGAUGUGUGUACCUUUUUAAAAUAUUGGAUAACUGCACUGGCUUAUGUCAGACACAUUGAAGAGUGUAGUACCAAAUCUUUUAGUGUUUGUUUUCUAAAUGGACUUCCCCUUACAAAAACUGGAAGACCCUGUUUCCCUGAACAGUAAUGUCCCACUAUGUCAACUCUUAACUUUGCCUUGACAAACAGUGCAAACAGUGCCUCCUUGAUGACCUCAUGCAUAUUGUU